AUGGCUUAUGCUGCACUUUCUUCACUUAUGUAUACAUUGGAACAACUCAAACCUAAUCAAUCUUUAGUUUGUCGAAACUGUACACAACAACAUGUGGAAUCUCUCUAUCAAAAUCUUUCUACUAUUCAAGUUUUCCUUAACAAUACUACGACAAAGGAUAUUGAAACUCUUAAGGUUAUAGAAAAGAGGAUCAGAAAUGUAGUAUACAAAGCAGAAGAUAGAGUUGAUUCAAGUCUAAGAAGGAUCAUUCAGCUAGCAGAUCGUGAGGACAAGUGGAAAAAGGCUUGUACAUCCUUUUAUGAACAAUUGUUGAAAGUGGAACAACAAGUUUAUUUUCUCAACAAAGAGGUGAUGCUGAUCGAUGUUAACAAGCAUCGAAGCAAAUCUGCAGAAUUAGCAACAACUCCCUUCUCACAAGAAAAAAGUACAAUUGAGGAAAAUACAAUUGUUGGGAUGGAGAAUGACUUCAACGCCAUACUCGAUCACCUCAUUUCCCAAACAGAUGAGUUAACUGUCAUACCAAUUUUUGGUAUGGGCGGUAUAGGUAAGACAACUCUUGCCAAAAAAGUUUAUGAUGAUUCAUCUAUUCGUUCUCGAUUUGAUAAACAUGCAUGGGUCACUAUCUCUCAAGAAUACAAUGAGAGACAAAUGCUUCUUGAAGUUGUCUCUUCAAUUACUGGAAGCAAUCAAGAAAUGAGCGAUGAUCAACUAAUGGAGAUUGUGUAUAGAGGCCUGAAGGGUAGGAGAUUUCUAAUUGUCAUAGAUGAUAUUUGGAGUACUGAGGCUUGGGACCAAAUGCAAAGAAUAUUUCCAAAUGAUGGCAAUAGAAGCCGAAUUCUAUUAACCACCCGGCUUAAGAAUGUUGCUAAUUAUGUUAGUUGUCCUGAUUUUCUGCCUUAUAGUAAGUCUUUUCUAAGUUUAGAAGAUAGUUGGAAUCUAUUCACUGAAAAAUUAUUCAAAAAAGAUCCUUGUCCUCCUCUGUUAGAAGAAACCGGGAAGCAUAUUGUAAAACAAUGUCGAGGAUUACCUCUCUCGAUUGUUGUUGUUGCUGGAAUUCUUGGAAAAAUGGACCCAAGGCAUGAUAAUUGGAAGAGGGUUGAGGAAAAUCUGAAUUCAUUCUUUGGUACUGUAUCCGAACGGUGCCAAUCAAUUCUUUCUUUGAGCUACAGUUACUUGCCCCAAUAUUUGAGGGCUUGUUUUCUCUAUGUUGGAGGUUUUCCUGAAGAUAUGGAGAUUGAUGUUUCCAAGUUGAUUAGGCUAUGGAUUGCUGAGCAAUUUGUAAAGGCAAGAAACAAUAAAAGGUUAGAAGUGGUGGCAGAGGAGUAUCUACAAGAGUUAAUUGAUAGAAGUCUAAUUUUGACCGGUAGACAAAGGGCUAAUGGAAGGACGAAAAGUUGCAAAAUUCAUGAUCUUCUUCGCCAAUUAUGCCUAAGUGAAGCACACACUGAAAAUGUCAUGAAUGGGAAUGUUCUCGAAGCCAUAGAUGAUCAACGUCGAGUGAUCCUUUUGUCUGAAGUUGCAGAGAAGCAUGAUUAUCGUAUGCAACAUAGCAGUGGUAUAAUCCGCACCUUUAUUUCAAUGCAAGUAGAUUUUCCAAUACGGAUGUGUUCCAUUGUUUCACAGUUCAAGUUGCUUAAGGUAUUGGACGUGUUACCAGUCCUGUACGAUUUCUCUUGUGUAAUACCUGAGCUUGUACAUUUGAGAUAUGUUGCUGCAAGUAUUGAGAAAGCUGUUUCACUAGACAAAUUGAGAAAUCUACAGACCAUAAUUCUUCAAAGUCUUGAAAGGAAAAAGUUGGAGCAGCCAGUAGAUAUCUGGAGAAUGUCAGAGCUAAGACAUUUGGAUAUCGGAUCGCCACUAUAUAUAUGUAAUCCUGUCGAGGCAGAAAAUGAUAGUAUUGGAGAACAACCUUUGUGCCUUCUCAAUAACUUGCAAACACUUUAUCUCCGUAACUCUCCUUUUAUUGUGGAAAUCAUAAGAAGAACUCCCAAUCUAAAAAAGCUAAAGAUUUUAGAUAGCUCUGAGCAUCCUGAGUGGCCUGCAAUUCUUGAUUCUCUAAUUCUUCUAGAGGAGCUGGAGACGCUAUUCAUAAAGCUGGCGACCUUUGACCUUAACAAAUUCUCUGGAAAUAGUUUGCCUUGUAAAAUCAAGAAAUUAAGUCCUAAUAUCAAGAAAUUGAUAUUAUCAUAUACUUAUAUACCAUGGGAAGUUGUGAAUUUGCUGUCUAAUUUACCCAAUCUUGAGGUGCUCAAAGGGUAUCUUGCAUUCACUGGAACAGAUUGGAGACUAAAUGAAGAUGCUGUGUUUCGCAAAUUAAAAUGUCUACGAAUUUAUCUCGUAGGUCUGGAAAGGUGGGAAGCAUGUUGUGAUAAUUUUCCAAUGCUUGAGCAACUAUUACUAGACGGGUUGAAUGAACUGGAGGAGAUUCCCGAGGGUAUUGGAGAUAUAAUGACACUAAAAUUGAUCACAAUAAAUAGUUGCAGCUCUGGUGUAGAGAAUAGUGCAAAGAGAAUUCAAGAAGAGCAAGAGAGCUUGGGAAAUUAUGAGCUUCAACUUCAAAUUAGUCCUGUGGUUGUAGUUUGUGGAGGUUUGGUUGGGAUGAAAUGA